GAUGAACCUUGCCACUGCGACAGUCCGCCCACGAGUGUCCGCCCCCCCCCCCUCUUCUUCCCUUCCGGGCCAAUCUAGGGUUUUCGGGCGGCCACGUCCACACCAUUAGCCUCUCCCACGCUUCCUGGCCCCCCGAAUAACCUUCACUUCACGUCACAUUAUGUCACCGUCGGGGAGGGGGGGGUCAUUGACCAACAGCAUCACGACUCAGAAAGGUAGGGAGGGGACGUUUUCCCUCCCGUUCCCCAUCAUUGAUACUGCUUCUUGUCACAUAUCCCCGCCUCCUUCUCUCUCUGAAUUUUUUUAUUAUUAUUUAAAAAUUGCUAUACUGGAGACUCGGGUCGUCUCGCGCGGUACCCGGGUGCUUGCGCUGUCUUUGUUUGUUUGCGUAUGUGAUUCCAUUGGGGUGAAAGGAAGGGGGAAGGCCAGGGUUCAGUAAGCUACGUACGUAUGUAUAUACAUGAGGACCCCCAGAACAUGACGGAGGUGACGAUUGGGAAAAAAGGACUGCAGGGGAAUGCUAGGUGUG